AUGGAUGAUAUUGAGGAACGGCUGCGCAGCCAUGCGCAGGCAUUUGACGGUCUGCUGUCUUUGAUCCCCGCCAAAUACUAUUAUGGCGAAGAAGAUACAAGUGAUCAAUGGCAACGCAAAAAGCAAACCAAAGAACAAGCACGCGAGGCGAAGCGGGCGAAGUUGAACCCCGAAGCCGCUAAGACCGCCAAAGACGUGAUGGAUGAAAACGCACGCAAGCGAAAGCGGGAGGACGGCACCCUCCAGUCCGACUCGUCCGACGGAGAGAUAGGCACAGAGACCCCCAAGGAAGGACUGAACCGCGGAGCCGCCAACAUCAAGAAGCAAAAGCAGGUUGAAAAGACUGAUAAGCCAGACGCCGAAAAGGCAGCAGAGGCUGAGGCACGGAAAAAGCAAAAGGAAGAGAAGAAGGCCCAGAAGAAGGCCGCCCAAAUGGAGAAAAAGAAGGCGAAGGAUGCUGCCCGGAAGGAGAAAUCUCAGCAGGGCAAGAAGCCAUCGACCACCCCAACCGAGGAUUCGGAAAAAUCUGCAACCAAGCCUAACGGCAAUGCAGCCAAGGACACCGAAGCAUCCGAGGAUGAAGAGGAUAACGACCAAGAGGAUGACGGUGUUGUCGAGGAAGGGUUCUCCAUUGAGUUCAACGUUGAACAGGAAGACCCUUCUUCUGCUCCUUCUACUACCGACUCUCCUGAUGCCUCAAAUCCCCAAUCUGGCACCUCCUCCAUUUCCUCUAUCGUCCCUCCCUCCACCUCCACCGAAGCCAAACCAGCAGAGCCCAAACCUCUCAAGCACACACCCGAAGAGCUGAAGCAGCGUCUGCAGAAACGUCUGGAUGAGCUCCGGGCAAAGCGCCACGCAGAUGGACUCAACGGCAAGCCUGCACGCAACCGCCAAGAGUUGAUCGAAGCCCGCCGACAAAAAGCCGAGCAAAGAAAGGCACACAAGAAGGAAUUGCGUGAAAAGGCCAAGGUUGAGGAAGAGAAGAAGAAUGACGAGGCCAUGGCACGCCGCUUCUCGCCUGGUGGCUCUGGAUCCCUCCUGGCGUCCCCUCGCUCCCCUGCCGAAUCCGUCGGCUCCGCCAGCAACAGCUUCUCCUUCGGCCGUGUGAUGUUCACAGACGGUCAGCAGACAGACCUCACCGGAACCAACGUGCGCGAAAAGCCGAAGACCCAUGGCGCCCGUGACCCAGCUUCCCAGCUCAAGGCUGUCGAGGCCAAGAAAGCCCGCCUCGAAGAGAUGGACCCCGCCAAGCGUGCUGAUGUCGAGGACAAGGACCUCUGGUUGAACGCCAAAAAGCGUGCCCACGGCGAGCGUGUCCGCGACGAUACCUCUCUGUUGAAGAAGGCCCUCAAGCGCAAGGAGACGGCGAAGAAGAAGUCCGCGCGUGAGUGGAGGGACCGCAUCGACACCGUCGCCAGCUCCAAGGAACAGCGCCAGACUAAGCGCGAUGAGAACCUUCGCAAGCGUCGGGAUGAGAAGGGUAGCAAGGGUGGCAAGAAGAAGUCCAGCAGCAGUGGAAAGAAGAAGGCUGCUCGUCCUGGAUUCGAGGGCAGCUUCAAGGGUGGUGGCAAGAAAUAA